AGUCUUCCUGCUUCCGGCUUCUUUAGUGUCAGCAGUCUCUUGUCAUCUCCUGCACUGUUCGCAGUCUCUGGUCAUCCCCUGCACUGUCCGCAGUCUCUGGUAAUCCCCUGCACUGUUUGCAGUCUCUGGUCAUCCCCUGCACUGUCCGCAGUCUCUUGGUCAUCCCCUGUACUGUCCGCAGUCUCUUGGUCAUUCCCUGCACUGUCCGCAGUCUUUGGUCAUCCCCUGUACUGUCCGCAGUCUCUGGUCAUCCCCUGUAUUAUCCGCAGUCUCUUGGUCAUCUCCUAUACUGUCUGCAGUCUCUUGGUCAUCCCCUGUAUACUGUCCUCAGUCUCUGGUCAUCCCCUGUACUGUUCGCAGUCUCUGGUCAUCUCCUGUACUGUGUCCGCAGUCUGUGGUCAUCUCCUGUACUGUGUCUGCAGUCUCUGGUCAUCUCCUGUACUGUGUCCGCAGUCUCUGGUCAUCUCCUGUACUAUGUCCGCAGUCUCUGGUCAUCUCCUGUCCUAUGUCCGCAGUCUCUGGUCAUCUCCU